GGGCUCAAUUAAGAGAAACUUGUCAAGUGAAGAGAUUGCUAGGCCGAGGCGUUCAACUCCCACAGCCGAAGUUGCAAGUAAGAAGACACCAGCUGAAUUAUUCGGACCUCCUCUGGAAUCUACCUUUGAGGAAUCCAAAUCUGAAGUUCCUCUAGAUCAGCCUGAAAUAUGGGGUGCUUCACAACUAAAUACUGCAGAAUCCCCAAAGCUGUCAAGACCAUUCCCCACAGGAACACCUCCACCUAUUCCACCCAAAAAUAUUCCGGCCACUCCACCCAGAACGGCAUCGCCAUUGCCAGCAGGCAUAGAUCAAGCUACAGUAUCAGGAGUUGAACGGAGAGAAACAGACGCCAGAGACGAACAACCAUCAUCGAUCAGUGAUUUAGACAGUGUUUUCGGCCUGUACUAUCCCCUAGGUCUGUGGCUGUCACCUCUGAAGAUAAAUGGGUCAGGUUUUCUGACACUUCCCCAGAAUCGAUCUCUCCUGUCCCUGUCCCUGCUCUUUCCCCUGUCCCUGCUCCUGUCCCUGCUCCUGUCCCUGCUCCUGCCCCUGCUCCUGCUCCUUGUAGAAUGGCUGAGUCCCCUUCAGUUGAAGAACCUGAAAGCCCAUGUGAACCUUCUUCGCCGCCACCACCACCACCACCUCCUGCAGAAAUAUGUCGAAAUAUACCUUCUCCACUCAAUCUGGAAGAGGUCCACAAGAAAAUAGCAGAACAAUCAUUCGUUAAAGAUGAAGUAUUAGAAACAACAGCGUCUCCUAAAGAUUUUGGGCUGGGACAAAGAGCUACCCCUCCUCCACCUCCGCCCCCCACAUACAGGACUGUGGUGUCUUCUCCCGGGCCCAGUUCAAGUAGCGGCACUGGAAGCGCAAGUGGGACAUCAUCUCCUGCCCGCCCUGCAACUCCUCUCGCCACCUGCAGUACAACCCUCCACCACCACCUCCUCGUCCACCAUCUCGACCUAAACUGCCUCCGGGAAAACCUACAGUUACAGAUGUGUCACGACCAUUCAGUCCCCCUGUUCACUCCUCCAGUCCACCUCCUAUCGCCCCUCUAGCCCGAGCUGAGAGCACAUCGUCCAUUUCCUCAGCUACAUCUCUGAGUGCAGCCACCACACCGACAGUUGAAGGUGAUGCUUUUGCUGACAAACGGCCCCAGUUUGACAGACGCGAUACGCCUACAGGAUCCUCCCGAGGGCCCAGCCCCCUGACCAUGGGGGCCCAGGACACCCUGCCCGUGGCAGCUGCCUUCACUGAGACGGUCAAUGCUUAUUUCAAAGGAGCCGAUCCGAACAAGUGUAUAGUGAAAAUCACUGGUGAAAUGGUUUUGUCCUUCCCAGCCGGUAUCACCCGGCAUUUCUCCAACAAUCCGACGCCUGUGCCCCUGACAUUCCGGAUUACCAACUACAGCCGACUAGAACACGUGUUGCCAAACCCACAGUUGUUGUGCUGCGACAACACACAGGCAACUCCGAACGCAAAGGAAUUCUGGGUGAACAUGCCAAACCUAAUGACCCAUCUGAAGAAAGUAUCGGAGCAGAAACCGCAAGCCACAUAUUACAAUGUAGACAUGCUGAAAUAUCAGGUAUCCUCCCAGGGCCUUCAGUCCACUCCUUUGAACCUUGCUGUAAACUGGAGGUGUGACCCCACCAGCACAGACCUCCGAAUAGAUUACAAGUACAGCCCUGAGGCCAUGACCACACCUGUAGCGCUGAACAAUGUCCAGUUUGUUAUCCCUAUAGAUGGAGGAGUAACAAAGCUUCAAGCUGUACUGCCUCCUGCUGUCUGGAGUGCUGAACAACAGAGGAUAUUAUGGAAAAUUCCAGAUAUUUCACAGAAAUCUGAAAAUGGAGGGGUUGGCUCACUGCUUGCAAGAUUCCAGCUGACUGAAGGCCCAAGUAAACCAGCUCCAUUAGCCGUACAAUUCACUAGUGAAGGGUCAACGUUGUCUGGCUGUGACAUCGAGCUGGUUGGAGGAGGAUAUCGCUUCUCACUUAUCAAAAAGAGGUUUGCAGCAGGAAAGUACUUGGCUGACGUCUAA